AUGGUAAACAAAAAGGUUAUCAAAGAAGCAAAGAGAAACAAGUCGGUCCCAACUCCCAAAAAGGUAGUAAACAAGCAGGCAAAAAUCGUCCGCGUGUCUCCUUUCAAGAUCAAUUUGAAAGACCAGAGUAAAAAGUCUCCUGCCAAACAAACUCCUAAGAAGAAGAAGAAGAGUUCAGAGCAUCCUGAUAGCGGAAAGAGUCCAAGACGAUCAUCCCCUAGGUUCAAGAAUACUCCUGAGGAACCUCAUAAUGCUGAAAAGACAUCUCAGAACAGUUCAGAGGAACCACAUGAUGCUGAAAAGACUACUCCAACACGAUCAUCGCCUCGGAAAAUUAAAAGUGCAGUUGAACCAUCCACAUCAGGAGCAUCCCAAGUUGCACCCUCUAGUGAAGUUGUUAAGAAGCAGAAAUAUGCAAAGCGGAGAUUGUACACAGGGCCAUGUCCAAAUGUGCAAGUCAGGAAUGUGAAUGAUACUUUCUCAGAUCUUCAAGACAGUGAAGACGAAGAAGAUGAAGAUGAAGAUGAUGAACAAGAAGAGAAGGGAAAUGAAGAGGUGGAAAAUGAAAACGUGGAAAAAGAGAAUGAGGAAAAUGAGGACGAGGAAAAUGAGAACGAUGGCGAGGACCAUGGCGUGGGAAAUGAAAAUGAAACAGAAGCUCAGGUAUGA